UCCCCAAAGUCUCCCAAGAAAGCUAAGAAGAGGGCAGAAGGUGCCAAUUCUAAUGUCUUCUCCAUGUUCGAACAAGCACAGAUCCAGGAGUUUAAGGAGGCUUUCACCAUCAUGGAUCAGAACCGCGAUGGUUUCAUUGACAAAUCAGACCUGAGAGACACAUUUGCAGCCCUCGGGCGUCUCAAUGUGAAAAACGAAGAGCUUGAUGAGAUGAUCAAAGAAGCUCCUGGAGCAAUUAACUUCACCGUCUUCUUGACAAUGUUUGGAGAAAAGCUUAAAGGAGCAGAUCCAGAGGAAACCAUCCUAAAUGCAUUUAAAGUCUUUGAUCCGGAAAGCAAAGGCUUAAAGGCAAACUACAUCAAAGAGAUGCUGAUGACGCAAGGAGAACGAUUUUCAAAGGAAGAGGUAGACCAAAUGUUUGCAGCCUUCCCUCCAGAUGUGACCGGUAACCUUGACUAUAAGAAUUUGGUGCAUAUCAUCACACACGGAGAAGAAAAAGAUUAA